AAAAAGUAAAGGAACGCACACGUUUGCUUGGGUGGGGACUGGAAUUGAGAUGGACAUGGAAAUGGAUACUUGUUGAUGCUUUCUUUGUUCAUCUCCAUGCUGCAUGUCAAAUUAAAAUCUCAAAGACAGACAGACACUAUAGACUACACAGGCAGUUUUGCUCAAGGCUCUCGAUUUGCUUUGGAUCUUGGAUCACUUUUCGUUUGCUGAGUCAUGGCAGCCCCUGGCACACCUCCAGCCCCUGAGUCUCAGGAAUUCAGGGACCUGAUCUCAUCGAAAACCAAGGCUGCGGUCCUGAGUCGUCUUCCCAAUGUGUCUCGACAUUUGGUGUUUCUGGCCUGCAAAUGGAUCAUGGAGAGCUUUGCCUUCGGCGGGAGUGACUUGACGCCCUCCAGCUUGUCCUUGGUGCUCGCAAAGUCUCAUGGCUAUCGCCGUCGAGGUGGGUCGAAAGACACCAAGAAGUGGAUCAAGGAGAUCCUCCGAACGAUGCAUGAGGAGCCUGGCAUUCGAUCAGGCACCCACUACGUGGGGCAGCUCACCCUGACGCAGGGUGGAAAGCCAAGCGUCACAGCCAACAAGAAUCUCCCAUUGACCAAGCAGGGAGCUUUUGUCCUCCUGCAGAGGUUGAUGCCUGAUCGUGACCGAGUGGACUUCUCCAACAUCAUGUGGGAGGCGAUGAGGUACAUGUAUGAAGCCUACUCUGCGCUGAAGGCUGAGUAUGAGGACUACAAGGCUGACAAAGACCAAGGAAUGGCGCAGCAACGAAACGCUGCCGAUGCUUUGCUCAAUGUGGCCAGCGCAACAUUGAACGUGAGCAAGCGGGUUGCGAACAUCAAGAUCAUGCAAAAGGCAUUCAAAGAAGGGAGGAGGUGCAUGUUGCGAGGGCAACACCCCAAACAGGCCAUGAUCAAAGCCAACCUCGCAAGGCGUGGUCAGAGAAUCCCUGCCGUCCACAACUGUUUCACGCCGUUGGGGGCCUCUGCCGAUGCGUUUCGCACCCUCGCAAUGGCGACCGUGCUGAACCACGCUCGGCCUGCCAUUGCCGAGUUGCACGGUCCCAGGGCGAAGAAGAGGAAGAUGGAUGAGACCUUCGACACCGUCACCAACCACUUCCUGCGGAACAAGACUUUCGAGCUUCCACUCCUCAGUGAGACCGAACAAACCAAGGCAUACUUGGAGAGCCAACACCAAGUAGCAAGGAGGGCCUAGGCGGCUGGCGGAGUCAUUGAACUGUUUGCAGCAUGUGCAGUAAGCAGCAGAUGGUUCACCAACUCAUAGCGCCUAGUGUUUUUCCUGCUAGCCUGUUGCAACAAGAGUUGCUUGUACAGGUUCACUUGCAACACUAUUUCAUGUCUUGUCAAUGGAAGCGGUCUGGGCAUGCGCAUGCCUGGGCCAAAAAAGCUUCCUGCACCCAGGCCGCUUCAUGGCCAAAAA